UUUAGAGAUUAAUCUUCGGCUUUUGUGUAAUAAUAAUCUUUGCAAAGAGCGGUUAUUAUUCUUGUUCUAUUUACCGCUGCCUGCUGCAUAAGCAAACAGGCAGCGUAAGCUGUCACCGACAUGGGCAGUGAGCACUACUGCUUGAGGUGGAACAAUUACCAAUCCAACCUGUUAGGGGUGUUUAGUCAAUUACUACAAGACGGGAGCCUGGUGGACGUCACACUAGUUUGUUCAGAGGGCACAUCCAUCAGAGCCCAUAAGGUGGUCCUCUCGGCUUGUUCCUCGUACUUCCAGAGCCUGUUCCUGGAGCACCCCGAAAGACAUCCAAUUGUGAUAUUGAAGGACGUCCGUUUUGCCGAGCUGCAAACCUUAGUUGAAUUCAUGUACAAGGGCGAGGUGAACGUGCAAUACUGUCAGUUGUCCGCGCUGCUCAAGACAGCCGAAUCCCUCAAGGUUAAGGGCCUCGCCGAGAUGACGAACCAGAACACGACGCUGCGCGAACCGGAGCGGGAACCGGACCGCUUGCGUCCGCAGGGCGGCGGCGGCGGUAGCGGCGGGUCCGCCCACAAGGCGGCCGAUAGUCCGGCGGCCGCGCUGGAUGCCACAGCGGCGACACAGGCGGCGGCUGCCACGGCAACGGCAACAGCGGCGGCGGCAACAUCGACCUCAACCUCAGCGACAUCUGCGGCGGCAACAGCGGCAACAUCUGCGGCGGCGGGGAGCGGCAGCAGUGGCAGCGGUAGCGGUAGCAGUAGUACAACCACAACGGCGGCAACAACAACAUCAACAACAGCAGCGGCAGCAGCAGCAGCAGCAACUUGUGCCACAGCAGCAGCAGCAGCAUCAGCAUCGACGGCAGCAACAUCCUCGGGAACGACGGCAACAUUCGGUGUUGCACUCUCGGAGGAGGCAACCUCAUCAUCGAGCGGCGUCCAGAAGCGAGAGGCCAGCGAUCGCUGCAGUCCCACGCCCGCCAAGCGCUCCUCCCGUCUGCAUCCGGCGGACAAGGACGAAUCGCUGGAGGAUCGGGAGCGGGAGAGGGAGCAACAGCAGGCGGACGAUCUGCUGGCCGAGGAGCUGCUCGUUCGCAGUCUGAAGAACGAAGUCGAUAUGGAGGAGGCGGACGAGCUGGACGAGAACGAGGAAACGUUGCUGAGGGAGCGCGGCGAGGACGAGGAGGAGGAUGACGAGGAGGAGGAGGACACGCCCAUGCCGCUGGAUCUCUAUCAAAGACCCAAUGUCGAGCCAAAAACCGAGGCGGCAGCUGCAACGGCAACGCAGAGCGGCAGCAACAGCACCUGCAACACCAAUAGCAACAAUAAUAACAACAACAAUAACAACAACAACAACUCAAGCAGUAACAACAACAACAAUAACAAUGCCAGCAGUGGGAAAACAUCAGCGGCCAGCAAUGGCGGCACUGCAACAUCCGGCGGCGGUGGCGCCACAGCAGCGGAUUCCAUGGUUGCGGGCGACGACGACGACGAUGACGAGGAUGCGGAUCACCACGAGCGGCAGGCAGCCGACGAUCGCCUGGAGCAGGAUGCCCUCGACGAGGAGGAUCUCGACGACGAUGUGGUGGUGGUGAAUGCCGCAAUGGCCCGAGGAAUUGCCCAGCGGUUGGCCCACCAAAGCCUCCAACGAUUGCAUCAUCCCCACACGCAACACCAUCCGCACUCGCAUCCGCAUUCGCAUUCGCAUUCGCAUCCGCCGCAUCACCAGCACCACCACCAGCAGCAUCCGCAUCAUGCCCACCAUCCGCACUCGGAUGACGAGGACGCCAUGCCCGUGAUUGCCAAGAGCGAGAUCCUCGACGAUGACUACGACGAUGAGAUGGAUCUGGACGACGACGACGAGGCGGACAACAGCAGCAACGAUCUGGGUCUCAACAUGAAGAUGGGCGGCGGCAGCGCUGGUGGCGGAGGAGCGGGUGGCGGGGGAGUGGACCUGUCCACUGGCUCCACGCUGAUACCCUCGCCGCUGAUAACGCUUCCCUCUUCGUCGGCGGCAGCGGCUGCAGCAGCAGCAGCAGCGGCGGCGGCGGCGGCCAUGGAAUCGCAACGCUCGACGCCGGCGAUCUCGGCGGUUCAGGGAGCGGGCGCCUCGGACCUCAGUAUUGGCGGAUCCGGCGGCAGGCCGGCGUCACGCAGUUCCCGCGACGGCGGCGGCAACGAUGGCAGGGGAGGCGCCUCCUCGUCCAGCUUGCUCAGUCCCGGAACGGUGGCCAACCUACUGCCCGUGCAAUCGGUGCCAUUGAGCCUCAAGAAGGAGAUCGAUUGCAGCGAGGACGACAACAGCAGUCACAGCAGACACAUGCAACAGCGUUCGGCAUCAGCUGGCGGCGGCCUGGGCGGCGACCUUGACUACCGCGCCUCCCACGAGUCGGAAACGUCCGAAUCGCCCCACCAACAACAACAGCCCCCACCACACGCUGUGGGCGUUGGGGCGGCCGCCGCUCUGCUGCACCACCAACAGCAGCAGCAGCAGCAGCAGCAUCCCCCUCACAGCCCCCCGCCGCCGCCGAUGCACAUGUGCAUCUACUGCCGCAUGGCGUUCCCCAACCAAUCGAAACUCACCCGCCACCUGUUGACGCACUCGCUGAAGACGCUCGAGUACCGCGAACCGGCCACAACGGCGCUAUUUCACUCGCACCUGCUCGGCGAUCUGAAUCUGGCCGCCGCCGGCCUGCCAUCGCCGUUCGCCUUUCAGAUGAACGCCGCCGCAAUGGCGGCCACUUCCGGCAGCGAUACACAGGAGCAGGUGGCAGCGGUGGCCGCCGCCUUUGGCAUCGAGAUGGAGGCGGCCCUUUCGCUGGCCAGCGCCGGUUGCACCUUUCAAAGUUUGACGGCCAGUUGUCUGGAAGCGACGGCGGGCGGUGGAGGCGGAGGAGGCGGUGCCAGGGGGGCGGUGGUGCGCUCGUCCACUUCCGCCGGAAAUGGCGCUGGCCUGCUGCUCGGAAGCGGCGGAAGUGGCAGUGGCUCGGGGGCUGCGGCGGCAACGGGCGGCAGCGGCGGCUGUGGUGGUGGUGGAGCGGGCAGCGGUGGUGCUGGCAGCGGCACCGCCAGCGGUUCCCUAUCCCCAUCAACAUCCGCCGCAGCAGCAGCAGCGGCGGCAGCGGCGGCCGCCGCACAAUCGCAGUCAGCGUCGCUGCUGGGCGCCGCGUCCAGUGAUCCGAAUAGUGUUGUCAUGUGUGAUCGACCAUUUAAAUGUGAGUUUUGUGGCAAAGCGUUUAAGCUGCGCCACCACAUGAAAGAUCAUUGUCGCGUGCACACCGGCGAACGGCCGUUCCGAUGUACUAUGUGCGGAAAAACUUUCUCGCGCUCCACGAUACUCAAGGCGCACGAGAAAACGCAUUUUCCCAAGUAUGGGCGCAAGUUUUUCUCACCCAGCAGCCCGGUCGAUACAAAGGAUGAGUUGCCGCAAUAGUGAAACGAUUUUAGUUUGUUAUUAAAUUAUUAUUAUUACUACUAUUACUACUAUAAUAAUAACAAUAACAACAACAACAACAGCAACAAUAAUAAUGCAAACUACUUGCAAAACACCAACAACAACAACAUCAACAACAUCAACCAAUUCAAUUACAACAACAAUUGAUGAGGAAAACGAGCGAACAAGAACUUUGACUUACUUAAGGAGGAAAAACAAGGAAGAGGAGGAGAGACCAAUACAACACCAAUACACAAACACAACAUCAGCCCAAACACAAAUACACACACCCACUUAUAUGUAUAUACCGUUGAAACCAUGUAUAUACAUAUGUAUAUAUUUUAUUAAUUAUGUAAACGAGGAUUCAGUUCUAAAAGUUCUGUGCGAAAAGAAACUCUAGCAAAUAGGAAAGAGACAGCAACACACCAACACCUACACCAACACAACUAAACAAAAGAAAACAAAACACUCACAGACACAAUAGAGCAGGCAGGCUAUAACCGUACACAAAACAUCUAUAUUAAUAUAUACAUUAUACACAUUAUAUAGCAGCAUAUUGUCGAAUUGUUGAAGUUUAUACCAAGAAGCGAACUUGUUUUUUUUUUUUUUUUUUUUGAUGAUGAUACACAGGAUAGAGUCCUUGGAGAUAGAUGUGAGGAAAUACUGGGGAAGAUAUAUCCCCGUUUUUUGGAUGGCAGUAAGAGAGGGAGAAUCGUUUUUUCUACCCAGGAAAACAGUUAAAGCGCAGCGUGAGAGUUGUAGCAGGAAUCUAAUAAAAAUGAUAUAUAUAAUAUAUAUAUAUAUAUAUGAUAUAUAUAUUUUUCAAAAGUAUAUGUUAGAGAAUGUAAGACAUAUAGGCAAGAAAGAAAAAGCGCAAAAAAAUUGAAAAGAAAUUUACAAAAAUAUUAAAAACAUAAAAAAUUGCUAACUAUACAUGAUACAAUUGAUCUAAUUGAAUACGAUUUAGUAAUGCUAGCGAUAGCGAUUAACGAUAACGAUAACGAUAAACAUAAACGUAAUGAAAAGAACAGUGAACACACGUGAUGUAACUUUUUAAGUAGCAGCCGAAGCCGAAGGAUCCGAGAACCUAGAAUGUUGACGAUAAUAAUAAAGCGUUAAAGUAGCUUAAAGUAAACAUAAUCCCUGUCCCCGAUCGAAAAGAUAGAGAACCCCAACACCCGCAGGACUAGAAACGGUCGAAAUCAGUAGAAGCAAAGUGAACUGGUGAACAGAAAUCCAACACCAAUUCAAAACUAAACCAAGUAAAAGCAAAGUAACUGGGGACACUGAAAACAACACAACACAAAAUCCACACAACAAUUCAACAGUUCACCAACUCAUCAAGUGUAGCAUUCUUUUGUGCGUCUUUGGUUUUUAGUUUUGAGCAAGAGAACGCAGUCGAACAUACAUAUCCCCCAAAACACCAAUACACAAGAGAAAAACCACAGGCUGAUCGGCUACAGAUCGAAUCGCUAUAUAGAGGACUAUUUUCGAUAGUGAGUUAGUGCAACUUAGUCCCCCGAUCCCCUCGCUCACACACGCGUAUAUUAUACACUCACAGAACUUAUUAUACAGUAACAUAUACAUAUAUCUAUAUACAAUAUUUAUAUAUCUAUAUAAACCAGAUGCAGAAACCGAAACAGAGACAUUUUUGGAAUUCAGAUAAAAUUUGAUAAAUCGAAAAUGCAAAUGCAAAUGCAAAUGAAAAUGAAAAUGAAAAGCAGCAGCAGCAGAAUUACAUAGAAUAUCUGUGAUCUUAACGAUAUUUAUAUAAAUCUUAUACAUAAACCAAAAAUAUAUAUAUGUAUAUGAGUAGUAGAGGGAAAAAAACACACACUAGGAAUACCAACUAAGGGUAGCUGUAGCGAAGAAAAAAAACAGAACAUUUGGCUUGAAGAUCACCCGAAAUUCUUGACGCAAACUCACAUGUUUUCCCCCACUUCUUUUUGGUAUACCAUUAACAUUACCAACACCCUACCAAGUUUACUUUGCUUUGAAAGAGACCACACCCCCUUUGGCUUUACGAUUAUGAAAUGUGCUAGUAACUAAAGCAGACAAAGGGAGAGCUUAGAUAUAUCCAAGCGUUAAAUAAGUAAUCAUAGAUUUUUUGUUCUCUUCUUUGGCUGAUGGAAUUUGAAGCUCCUCAGACCCUCGGAUCCCUAUUUCCACCCACUCAAGUGAUUAGCCCGGCAACAACAGCAAACGAAACAACAAGAAAUGCAAAUCGAUCUCAAAAUUAUAAACAAAUGAAAACAAAAAUUAUCUAUAAAAACCAAGGAAGUUUUGUGACAAAACUUUUGUGGCUGAGGCUAAGCGUGAAAAUCGAGGGAAAACCAUUAUCUCGUUUCUGCGGUUGGCGCAAAGAUUUUUUUUUUCGAUUUUUGGCAACGGAUUGGGAACAGUAAGCUGCAAAAAAAAACCAAAACAAAAACAAAACUAAAUAUUAAGAAAAAGAGGCAACAACAAAACGCACAUUAAGCACGCUAGACAAAAUUCAAAAUUCUAAAUUUUAAACCAAAAAUAUAAAAAACCUUUUGGCAAGAAACGAAAAACGAAAACAAACACAAAACUUUUGGAUUAAACAAUUUGGCUGUGAUAGCAUUACAAGAAUAGUGAAUAAUUAAUGAAUAACAAAAUAUUUAACCAAAAAAACCAAAAAGGAAAAGAGGGGGGAGGAAAUUAUUUGCUUUGCAUUUUGAAAAAGCGAGGAAAAGCGUUGCCAUUUUUUCACCUUUGUUGUUGGCUUACUUUUCUCAUGCAGUAUUAGAGGAUUUUUAGGGGAGUAGAAGCAACAGGCAUCAAUUCAAUAAUUGUGAUGUUAAAACAAAAGCUAACGGAUAUCUGCAUAAAUAAUUAUCCAACAUAAUCAAGCGUAAACGAAACAAAAUUUAACCUUUAGGAACAAAUGAAGAAAAAGAAAGCAAAACAAAAUUGUGAUUUUCGGCCUUUUAGAAACAAAAUUAUAAACAAUUAAUAACGAUAAACGUAAUGAGUAAAUAAAUAUAAAAAAACCAAAAGCUUUCUCGAUGAUUUUAAUUGCAUUUCAAUAGGGGAAAUUAGAAACCAAAACGGGAAACAAUUGAUUUUAUUUUCGGCAAAGCCAGACAAAAAAAAUUUUGCACAGCCGCCGCAGAAAAAAAAACAGGGAAAAUCGAGAGAAGAAAACCAAAACAUUCCAAGGAAAUAAAAGUAGACAAAUGGUGGAAAAGGAUGGUCGAGGGUUGGGGGCUUCAAUUUGAAAGGAAAUAUUUUUUUUUUUUUGCUAUUUUUUUAAUUAAAUAAAUGCACUGAAAACAACCCCCACACACACUCUCACAUACAUACACACAAUGUUUCAUGCUCUGUGUCUCUUAUAAAUUUUUUUUAUAUAAACACCCACAUAAAUAUAUAUGAACAUAUAUAUAUUUAGUUCUAAAUGUUUAAGCGAAAUGUUAUUAUUAUUAUACCAAC